GCCGCUAUCUCAACCGACCGCGCGAUGGUUUGGCUAGCUAGCAACGAACAUGGCAAGGCGAGCAGCAUGAAGCGCUGAAGCGUUAAAUGGAUUUCAAUUUUCGACCACCAAUACAUCGUUGGACAGCUGACGAUGACGACGAAGUAGAGCAGCGUUUGUAGUUGUUAUUACAAACCGGUAAAACCCUCCCGGGGAAGUUUUCAUCUCGUCCACGGAGGAGAAUCUCACCGGGAGCAUGGCUUCCUACAGCAACCAGUAUAUAUUUGGGGAGUUCAGCCCUGAUGAGAUCAAUCAGUUCUUUGUGACGCCUCGAUUUUAUGUUGAGCUUCCUCCGUUCAAUGACAAAGUUCCGUGCGUCAGUCAGUCUCCAGGAAGUUACUGCACUCCUGCUGUACCUUAUAUUAUGGAGUCAAUGGGACUGCAGGUUUGCGCAGAAGAUUAUCAGCACAUUGAGUUUGGGGUUGACGAGCUGAUGGAUUCCAAGCCUUUAGGGGCGAAUGAUCCUUUGUAUAAGGUGUCGAGUAAUCUCAACCCCCAGGCUCCAGAGUUCAUCCUGGGCUGCCAGCCCUCUCCGAAGGCUCAACAGACGGCUUCUUCGGCAGCUGAUGUUCCUGAUGGAAGCCACUUCGACUCUCUGGACGGGCCUGACACAGAAGCCUCAGCCCUGGACAAUCACCAGUCAUGCCAGGACAUGGAUGGACUACCUGGCAGCCUUGGACAACGAGAAAGAAAGAAAAAGAAAAAACGGCCGCCAGGGUACUACAGCUAUCUGGAUCCAUCAGCUGGUGGAAGCAACAGCAUCGGUGCAGCGGAUGGAGUACCUGUAACAGCACUAGUGAAUGGACAUGCACUUGGAGGCUCACACCACAGUCCUGAAGUUGUUGAUAACAAGGCUUUGUCAGCAGCUCAACGUACUACUGCACCUGUCCCCUCAGAAACUCUUACAGCUGCUGAGUUUGCCCCCACAUCCACCGCCAAUCAGAGGACUUGUGAUAGCCCUGAUGACUGUUGUUUUGACUUAACAAGUGGAGUGUCUUUAUCAGAUUGCAACAAUGCAACUUCUUCCUCUUGUUCCUCCUCUCAAAGCAGAGGCAUGGCAGAGGGACCAAGGACUGCAGAUCAGCAGCUGGUUCAUUUGCCUCCUCAGAGCCCUGAACUUUCAGAUGACCUGCAUAGCUCCCACUCCAAGUCACCACCUCCUCCUACUGCUGAGGCUAUCCCCUCUGUCAUCACUUCCACAAAUACUACUGAACUAGAAGGAGGGGAGGUAGCAGACAGUGGUGUAGCCAACGGGCUAGAAGAGCCUAAUACUGCUGUCAGUGCAGAAGGACCCAGAGAGGACUGUGACAGUGGGGAGCAGAGUCAGCAUCUCUCUCAAGACUGUGCCGCCCAGCCUUUAGCGACAGAGCAGGCACAGUCACCUGCAACUCCUGCUGCGUCCACUGCCAAUCUUCCUAAAUCCUGGGCUAGUCUCUUUCACAACUCCAAACCUCUGCCUGGGGGCCCACAGGCUUUUGUGGAGGUAAAAAAUGUUGUGGAAGUUGUGUCUCCCUCCCUUGCAAUGCCAGAGCAGCCUGAAAAGGUUGGGGAGAUAAAAGAAGGUCCUGUCCAUGUGUCAGAGGAUCCAAUGGCCCCUAAACUUGCAGAACUUAUUGAGAAUGUGAAGUUGAUACAUAAACCAGUGUCUUUGCAGCCAAGGGGGUUGAUCAACAAGGGAAACUGGUGCUAUAUCAACGCCACCCUACAGGCCCUGAUUGCGUGUCCUCCCAUGUAUCACCUGAUGAAGUCCAUUCCUCUGCAUACUGAAACACAGAGACCGUGCUCCUCCACCCCCAUGAUGGACAACUUUGUAAGGCUGGUGAACGAGUUCAACAAUAUGCCUGCGCCACCUAAAACGAAACCGCAAAAUGUUGGUGAUAAAGUGGUAAAGGACAUUCGACCUGGUGUACCGUUUGAACCAACCUAUAUUUAUAAACUCCUCACGCUCAUCAAAUCCAGUCUUUCUGAGAAGGGUCGACAAGAGGAUGCAGAGGAGUAUCUCGGGUUUACGCUCAAUGGACUGCACGAGGAGAUGCUGGCAUUGAAAAAGCUCAUCAUGCCUCAGGAUGACAAAGUUCCUACACCCAAUGGACCAGAAUCCCAGCAAGGUGUCGAGGAAGAUGUUGCUGAAAAAGAGGAAGAGGGAAGUGAAGAAGAGUGGGAACAAGUUGGUCCUCGUAACAAGACUUCUGUCACUCGUCAAUCCGACUUCGUCCGCACACCUAUUACCGAUAUUUUUGGUGGACACAUCAGAUCGGUGGUCUAUCAGCAAAACUCUAAAGAGUCGGCAACACUGCAGCCUUUCUUUACCCUGCAGCUCGACAUCCAGUCUGAGAAGAUCCGCACCUUGCAGGAAGCUCUCGAAACAUUAGUGGCCCGGGAGUCUGUCCAGGGCUACACCUCUAAAACCAAGCAGGAGAUUGAGAUCAGUCGGAAGGUAACGUUGGAAGAGCUGCCGCCCGUGUUGGUGCUUCACCUCAAAAGAUUUGUUUUUGAAAAGACCGGAGGCUGCCAGAAAUUGACGAAGAACAUCGAUUACCCUGUUGACCUGGAAAUCAGCAAAGACCUUUUGUCCUCUGGAGUCCGAAGCAAGGUUAUGAAAGGCCAAAGAACGUACAGGCUCUUUGCAGUUGUUUAUCACCAUGGAAACAGCGCAACAGGCGGACAUUACACCACUGACGUCUUCCACAUUGGUCUUAACGGCUGGCUGCGUAUUGACGACCAGACGGUGAAGGUCAUCGCCCAGUAUCAGGUGGUGAAGCAGACUACUGAGCGCACCGCCUACCUGCUGUACUACCGCCGCGUCGACCUGCUGUAGACACCCCCCCCCCCCUACACACACAAGAAUAUCCGAACGCAUUCACAAACACGCACACACCUAACAGACAUGUCAAGGUGCAUUUGUUGACAGUGCGUCUACAUCUAACGAAAUACACACCAAACUAAUAAACAGGAACACUGCCCAACUUGUUUUGCAAGAUUUUCCUAUUCUUCCCUCCCGUCUCCGCUUUCCUGAAAACCAGCUUUCCAACGCCUUUCUCCUCGUCACCGUUUUUUUAUUUUUUAAUUUUCAAAAGAAGAGAAGCAAGCUGCGUUCACAACAGUUUUCCUGUGACUGCUCUCUUUUUUUUUUUUCUGCACAUCGUUGCAGUUUUUUUUUUCUUUCCUCUCUUUUAUUUUUUUGUUUAAUUUUAAAGCAGCAAGGAAGGACUGUCGAAUUGACAAAGGUGAGGUUAGGGUUGCAGGUUUGAACCUAAGACUUGCCCCAGACCGAGGCUCUUGGCUCUCAUGGCCAACAGUGAACUCGCACAGGAGGAGCUACGUCUCUACCACAGUCUGAAAGUGGACUGCAGAGGGAAUCUACCUGUGCAAACUCCUUAUUUGUGGAAAUAACCCAGUGAUAUCAGUGUUUGCCUUUUAUUAAAGGAGAACUGUUGGCCCGAUGAAUUUGCAGCAGUUUGAAAGCUUACCGUUCGUUUGCCCAUGAAAAGGCCCAGCACCAGCAGUAUCAUGGGUCUCUCCCCCCAAGACCAGAUUGUUGUUCUCUGCUCUUCCUCCUACAUGUCCUCACUUUUAUGAUGCUUUUAAAGGUACAACUCGAGCCAUCAAAAGCAGAAAGAAAACCACGUGGCGUAUAAAAUGUGAACUUUACAGCUUCCUUGUUUUGAAAUAUAUUUCUUAUGGUAUUUGGGUUUAGAUUUAGACUAUUGUGAAUUAAAAAAAAAUAAUUAUUAAUGCGCUUUAGAAUCUAAAUACAAAAUAAGCUUCUGUGCACAAAAUGACAGGCAAAUGCAUAUUUCAGAUAUCUAAAUAAAAAAAAAAAGUAAAACCUAAAAAAAAAAAAACUUAAGGAGCAAAAAAAUAUGUUUCUUGCUGACCGAAAAUCUGUACGUGUCCUGGAAGACUGUGCCAGUUUUUAAUUCUUGCUUUGGAGACACAGCGACUGAUCAAAGAAAAUUCCAGUGCAAAACCUGCUCCUGAUUACUUUGUACAUUUUUGUCCAUCUAUUCUUUCUCCACUGCUUGUUAGAUAUUUUUUUUUUUGGCUUGUCAAAAGGAUCCACCUGUUUAUUGGUGGGUUGGCGGGGUGUUAUUGAGCCGCCAUCUUCUCCCCUUUACAGAAGAGAAAGCAGGUAUGAAGAUUUAAAGGUUUCUAUAUUUAAUCUUGGUUUGGCGUAACGAUGGAAGGCAGGGGGAAGUUGAACUACGACCGUGCUUAGCUCUACAGAUGAACGCACACAAAAGGACAUGGCGUUUGCUUUUCCUUGUUUUAUUUUUUGCUCAUUGUGAUAAUUUUUGUUUUACGUAACGAAAGUUAGUUUUUUUUGUUGUCGAUCACUUGUUCGAUGUCCUUCUGCUCUUGCUCCCUUCAGAAAAAUAUGCUUGCAAUGAAAUUGAAGUUUGAGAAGAAAAUAAACAGGCUAAAGCACAAAUACAAAUAAAUUAGUUAUUUGCUUGGUAUUUAUUUGCCUUUGUUGUUUUUUUUUUUUUUUAAUCAUUCCCAUGAUUACUCCAGACAGACCAGAUUGUUCCCAACAAUUAUCAACUUCAGUGUUAAAAGAGCUCAAAGUUUGCUCCAUAAUUUGGUCGUUUUAAUUCCAUUUUUUCUUUCGAGUCUCCUGUGGACGUUGUGUGUUGUUUAUUUUUGCUCAUGCCAGUUUUAGUAAAGCGAGUCGCAGACGAGACUGGAUCAGUUUUCCAGAAAAGGUGCAGCAUAUUGUAAAUUUUUUUUUUUUUUUUUAUAGCAAUGUCAAAGUGAAAUAACAUCUGAAAGCUUACUUUAGUUUAAAGCAAAUUGUCUAUUGGAUUAAAAUUCUAUAUUUUAGCAUAAAUAUGUGAUGCAAAGUGUCAUUUAUCUUGUGGGUUUUAAAGUCGGAAACAUUUUCAGGUAAACCAAAGGACAUUAUCACAUCAGCCCUACUGCCUUUCAUAGAGUCAGUGCUCCAACUUUAUUUUGCCUUGUCCAUUCGGUGCACAAAGGAAACGGCAUGCUCUGUAAACCACUGGUUCAACACAGCUUCCACUUCAGUUGUGCUGCUGGCUUUUAUUUCUGCAAAAAAAAAAAAAAAAGUGACAUUGUUGAUUGCAUAUUUUAUUUCACCUUUCGAAGAAUGUUUCCAAGAUGGGGAUUUAAAAUGGACACCUGGACUUUUCUGUUUGGUUCAGCUUGGCGCCUUGUUGACGGGUCAGGAACGUGCUGAUGAAGAGCUUCAAUGAUGUUUUUCAGUGUGUGCUCCAAACACUACUGUCUGCUGGGUACUGUUGGGAUAUUGACCUUUAAAACAACAACAAAAAAAUCUAUUGUCUUUUAAUUUUGAGCCUUCAGCAUCCUGUUUUGUUUUAAUGUUCAAAUAAAGGAUUGUGCACAAAGCAGUUUGCUGAUCAAGUGUAAUCUGAGGAGUACCUGGCUUUCUUCUUAUAGUCGAUACUGAAGAACGUUGCAACCUCCAGACUUUGGACUGGCCUACACAACAAUGUGCACAAUAAACCAAAAUAAUCUA